CGCCGCGCUACCAAAUUCAUUCGAAAACCCCAAUGCCCCCCGAUCCCUCCAAACCCCACAAAAUUUCGCCCAAAAACCAAAAAUUUCAAGCCCCGCGCGGCCGCGCGCCAACUCCCAGAUCCCACCACUACUUAAUCGCACCCAACCCCGCACCAAUUCCUCACACCACCACGCCAAAUCACCCGCAAAUCACGCGCCCCGCUAGUCUUAUUCGAGCCCGAAUCACCGUCCCCUUCGUCACCCAACUCGCGCCAACCCAAAUGGCCCGCACGAAGCAGACAGCGCGCAAGUCGACCGGCGGUAAGGCGCCCCGGAAGCAGCUGGCCACCAAGGCGGCGCGCAAGUCGGCCCCGGCGACCGGCGGAGUGAAGAAGCCGCACCGCUUCCGCCCCGGCACCGUCGCGCUCCGUGAGAUCCGCAAGUACCAGAAGAGCACGGAGCUGCUGAUCCGCAAGCUCCCCUUCCAGCGCCUGGUCCGCGAGAUAGCGCAGGACUUCAAGACCGACCUCCGGUUCCAGUCCUCCGCCGUCGCGGCGCUGCAGGAGGCGGCCGAGGCGUACCUGGUGGGGCUGUUCGAGGACACCAACCUCUGCGCCAUCCACGCCAAGCGCGUCACCAUCAUGCCCAAGGACAUCCAGCUCGCCCGCCGCAUCCGCGGGGAGCGCGCCUAGGCACCCCUGCUGUCUGUUCGUCGCUUGAAUGCUUUUAGGUUGUUAGGCUGUGUCUUGUGUCAUUAGCUUUUUGCUAUGUGUUGAUGUUAUCGCUUAGGGCCUAUUAUCGCUGUCUUGUGACUACCAGUCUGGAGAAAUGCAAUGGAGGUGAUCUAUUUUAUCCUCA